AAAGUUUCCGGCCCACCAUCUUUGUCCCUGGCAAAUUGGGUUUUGCGCAGUGGCUUAGAUCUAGAAAGAAUCGUGACGGGCAGGAAACCAUUACACCACCACCCGAACUGUGCUCUCCGGCUGCCGCUGCCGCCGCCACCCCACCCUUGCCUCCGGUACACUCUAAAGAUCCAGAAUCAUGACUGACUCCAAGUACUUCACAACCAAUAAGAAGGGAGAAAUCUUUGAAUUAAAAGCUGAACUCAACAAUGAAAAGAAAGAAAAGAGGAAGGAGGCUGUGAAGAAGGUGAUUGCUGCUAUGACCGUGGGGAAGGAUGUUAGCUCUCUCUUCCCAGAUGUGGUGAACUGUAUGCAGACUGACAACCUGGAAUUGAAGAAACUUGUGUACCUCUAUCUGAUGAACUAUGCCAAGAGUCAGCCAGACAUGGCCAUCAUGGCUGUCAACAGCUUUGUGAAGGAUUGUGAAGAUCCUAAUCCUUUGAUUCGAGCCUUGGCAGUUAGAACCAUGGGGUGCAUCCGGGUGGACAAGAUUACAGAAUAUCUCUGUGAACCACUCCGCAAGUGCUUGAAGGAUGAAGACCCCUAUGUUCGGAAAACAGCAGCAGUCUGUGUGGCAAAACUCCAUGAUAUCAAUGCCCAGAUGGUGGAAGAUCAGGGAUUUCUGGAUUCUCUACGGGAUCUCAUAGCAGAUUCAAAUCCAAUGGUGGUGGCUAAUGCUGUAGCAGCAUUGUCUGAGAUCAGUGAAUCUCAUCCAAACAGCAACUUACUUGAUCUGAACCCUCAGAAUAUCAAUAAGCUGCUCACAGCCCUGAAUGAGUGCACUGAAUGGGGACAGAUUUUCAUCCUGGACUGCCUGUCUAAUUACAACCCUAAAGAUGACCGGGAAGCUCAGAGCAUCUGUGAACGAGUAACUCCUCGACUAUCCCAUGCCAACUCUGCAGUGGUGCUUUCAGCCGUGAAAGUCCUAAUGAAAUUCCUAGAGUUGUUACCCAAGGACUCUGACUACUACAAUAUGCUGCUUAAGAAGUUAGCGCCUCCACUUGUCACUCUGCUGUCUGGGGAGCCAGAAGUGCAGUAUGUCGCCCUGAGAAACAUCAACUUAAUUGUUCAGAAAAGGCCUGAAAUCUUGAAGCAGGAAAUCAAAGUCUUCUUUGUGAAGUACAAUGAUCCUAUCUAUGUUAAACUAGAGAAGUUGGACAUCAUGAUUCGUCUUGCAUCCCAAGCCAACAUUGCUCAGGUCCUAGCAGAGUUGAAGGAAUACGCCACUGAGGUUGACGUGGACUUUGUUCGAAAAGCUGUGAGGGCCAUUGGAAGGUGUGCCAUCAAAGUGGAGCAAUCAGCAGAACGCUGUGUAAGCACAUUGCUUGACUUAAUCCAGACCAAAGUAAAUUAUGUGGUUCAAGAGGCAAUUGUUGUCAUCAGGGACAUCUUCCGCAAAUACCCCAACAAGUAUGAAAGUAUUAUUGCCACUCUCUGUGAGAACUUGGACUCCCUGGAUGAGCCCGACGCUCGAGCAGCUAUGAUAUGGAUUGUAGGAGAGUAUGCCGAAAGAAUUGAUAAUGCGGAUGAAUUACUAGAGAGCUUCCUGGAGGGUUUUCAUGAUGAAAGCACCCAGGUGCAGCUCACUCUGCUUACCGCCAUAGUGAAGCUGUUUCUCAAGAAGCCAUCAGAAACACAGGAGCUGGUCCAACAGGUCUUGAGCUUGGCCACACAGGAUUCUGAUAAUCCUGACCUUCGAGAUCGGGGUUAUAUUUAUUGGCGUCUUCUUUCAACUGACCCUGUGACAGCCAAAGAAGUAGUGUUGUCUGAGAAGCCAUUGAUCUCUGAGGAGACAGACCUCAUUGAGCCUACCCUCCUGGAUGAGCUCAUCUGCCACAUUGGGUCUUUGGCCUCUGUGUACCAUAAACCUCCAAAUGCUUUUGUGGAAGGGAGUCAUGGGAUUCAUCGCAAACACUUGCCAAUUCAUCAUGGGAGCACCGAUGCAGGUGAUAGCCCUGUUGGCACCACCACUGCAACCAACCUGGAACAGCCUCAGGUCAUCCCCUCUCAAGGUGACCUUCUGGGGGAUCUUUUAAAUCUUGACCUGGGUCCCCCAGUGAACGUGCCACAAGUGUCCUCCAUGCAGAUGGGAGCCGUGGAUCUUUUAGGAGGAGGACUGGAUAGCCUGCUUGGCAGUGACCUUGGCGGGGGCAUUGGAGGAAGUCCGGCAGUAGGACAGUCCUUCAUCCCGUCAUCGGUGCCUGCAACCUUCGCUCCUUCACCUACUCCUGCUGUGGUCAGCAGCGGUCUGAAUGACCUGUUUGAGCUUUCCACGGGGAUAGGCAUGGCGCCUGGUGGAUAUGUGGCUCCUAAGGCCGUCUGGCUACCUGCAGUAAAGGCUAAAGGCUUAGAGAUCUCGGGCACAUUCACUCACCGCCAAGGGCACAUCUAUAUGGAAAUGAACUUCACCAACAAAGCCCUGCAGCAUAUGACGGACUUUGCCAUCCAGUUCAACAAGAAUAGUUUUGGUGUCAUUCCGAGCACCCCCUUGGCUAUCCAUACUCCAUUGAUGCCAAACCAGAGCAUUGAUGUCUCUCUGCCUCUCAACACCUUGGGCCCAGUCAUGAAGAUGGAACCUCUGAAUAACUUGCAGGUGGCUGUUAAAAACAAUAUUGAUGUCUUCUACUUCAGCUGCCUCAUCCCACUCAAUGUGCUUUUUGUAGAAGAUGGCAAAAUGGAACGCCAGGUCUUCCUUGCAACAUGGAAGGAUAUUCCCAAUGAAAAUGAACUUCAGUUUCAGAUUAAGGAGUGUCACUUAAAUGCUGACACAGUUUCCAGCAAGCUGCAGAACAACAAUGUCUACACUAUUGCCAAGAGAAAUGUGGAAGGCCAAGACAUGCUGUACCAGUCCCUGAAGCUCACCAAUGGCAUUUGGAUUUUGGCUGAGCUACGGAUCCAACCAGGAAACCCCAAUUAUACGCUGUCGCUGAAGUGUAGAGCCCCUGAAGUCUCUCAGUACAUCUAUCAGGUCUACGACAGCAUUUUGAAAAACUAAUAAAUGGGUCUUGUACCCUCAAAACCACCCUGUAAUCGGUGCAAGCCAAGAACUCUUAACUGAAAGAAGUCGUACUGCUGUGUAGAGCCUGAACCCAAACACUGCGCCGCCCACCCCGGUAGUGACCAGUUGCGCCGCCCACCCCGGUAGUGACCAGUUGCCCUGUGCUGACAUUAGCAUUCACCCCGUUGGAUAGGUUAGCUUCCUGUGACAUGCGUAACUGCUGCUUCCAUCAAUCCCCACCUCUGCCACCUGCUGCUGCUCUCAGUCCUUCCUUGUGAGCUUCUCCAUGCUGUGCCAAUGGCUGACUUUUUCUACACCCUCUUCUGAGUGUAGUUUGAUAUUUUGUAAUCAAAAGCUCAUUUCACAAGCAGAAAAAGGCAACAGAUUAAUUAAAGUAGGAAAAGUGUCACUGAAACAUAAACUGCACCUUAUUGUUUUAUAUUUUUGUACAGAUGAGAAAUUGAGGUAGAACAGUGAGUAAAAGGAUUAACUGACCAUCAUCAAACAGUCUUAGAGGAGAUGCAGACAGGAGCAGCCCCUGGCCCCUUCUUGGGGAGGGUAGGGGGCUUCUCUUGUCUGUGGCAACCUUGCUCCUGGUCAUUUGCAUUUUCACCCCCCCCCCCCCAUCCAAGUUCGUUCCUUGGCCAAGCCCUCAAGCUCCCUUAUGUCCCAUGCUCUCUCAUUUUUGAUGACUCCAUGCUUGGCGGUAGUGGUCCUCAUUGAUGUUUCAGAGUACAGGGACACGGCGUGUAGGCACAGAGCUGAGAGAUGGUAGAGCUCUGUCCUUUCUACUGUACCACCUGAGUAAUCAUACUGACUGAGGAAGCUGAGGAGAGGUGAGUGAGAAUCAUAGUGCCCCCCACACACACCCCAGCCUCCUCCUCUGUUUCUCAGGGCCAAGUCACAUCAAAAGUCCUUAAUGGCUUAUCCAACCUUGUUUUUCUACAAAGAAAGGUAACAGGCAAAAAGUUUGCUAUUGCUGGGGCUCUGGGCUCUCGAGUAACAGAGCUAAGGCUCAUUCCCUGAAGCUUCAUCAGCUUCCAUAUAUAUGGCUGGCUCAUUGCUCUUUUCCUCAGAGCCCUCUGCAUUUCCUGUACUGCUGUGGCUCUUUGCAUACUCCAUAUUGAGGUUGGUGCUCCCCCAUUCACUGGUGUCAGGUGGCAGCUGACACCUUCUCAGUUACCUGAAUGUACAUCCAGUGACAAGAGUGAAAUGGAGCUAACAUUUGCCAGGCUCUCUCUCCUAGGACCAUAGUGCUGGAGACCAGCCAGUGAGUGUAGAGAUACUGCCAGCUCUGAUUGUCCCUCAGCUCUCUGAUCUGUUCUUCAUCCAUGGUACUCAAGCUCCAAAGCAAAGCAAGAUCAUCUCAGAAAGCCAUGUAGUUCUUGUCAUCUCUCAGAGGGCUGGGGAUAUGAAAUCAUCAAAGAAUGCCUCUUGCCCACUACCCUGCCAAGUCCUGUUCACAAUGUUUGAGAUGUGGCACAGCCUGGCCCCUGGUAUUCCGGGUCCAUUCAGAGUCCCCCUCUCAAGUCAACAGCAUGCCAGGAUCCAGAGACCUCAUGCUGGACUCAGCCCUAACCCACUGAACCCUGAGGAGAGGUUGUGGAAAAUCAGAGUAGAGACCAGCUUCCUUCAGCCACGUAUCUGGAAUGAUACUGUUUCCUCCCAGUUGCAAAGCUUCUCUCAAGUUCCAUAAGCCUUGAGACUCUUUAAGAGGAUUGCUGACUGGUGGAAAGGAAAUACAUCUCUCCCUCACCAUGUGGGGAGUAGGAAAUCUGCAGGGUUGUGUGGGAGGCAGGUAGGUUGGUGAUAUGUUGGGUGGAAAAGCAAGUUGACAAAGUUCUCUUGUUGAGACUCAUUCAUGGAGUCAGUUGAAUAUGAGUGGUAUAAGGGGUUCACACUACAAACACAAUUUUCUCGUCUCAAAGCAAGCUGUAAUUCCCAAAAGAAGAGUAUGUGUCAGGGCAAUCAGGGAGAACAAUUUUGUUCCAGGAUGAGUUCACCCCUGAAACUGAGGCCCCUCAGCCUCUCCACCAGCGGCAGAUAACAAUGUUGUUCUCUGCUGGCCUAACUUAACUGAUCAGUGAUGUCUGACCUGUGGGGAAGCCAUCUCUCUCUUCACCCCAGGCAGAGCUAGGGAGUGACACUCCUUCACAUGAAAGGGCCUCUCCUGAAGAGGCAAUCUAUUGCCCCUGCCACAACUUCCCUUCAGACCCCUUUCGAGCUUAACCAGUUUGGGACAGCUGGGGUCAGGUUCCCCUGUCCCCAUUCUCCUUGGCCUAAGUAUGUCUCUGAUGGGAGCUUGAGUACAGAGGGCAGACCUCUUUGGGGUCAGGUUCCCCUGUCCCCAUUCUCCUUGGCCUAAGUAUGUCUCUGAUGGGAGCUUGAGUACAGAGGGCAGACCUCUUUGGGGUCAGAUUCCCUGAGUGUCUGUCCUCAGCCAAGACUGGUCCAUGUGUCUGUGUUGUGAAGCUUGGGAUGCUGGAGCCAGAUGUGUGAGGGGAAAGGUUGCCCUGAGAAUGCUUAUUCUUCUGUUCUUGUUGGGAUUUGUUCUUUUUUGGGGGGGGACACUUGACCUUGUGUAUUCAUCAAUAAACUCAUUUACACAAA